AAAUUCUCUUCUUUCUUUUUUUUCAUUUUAUUAUUUUUUAGGUUUCUGAAUUUACUUCUUCAAACCUACCUUUCGUCUCCCUCUGUCAGUUCCUCCUCUAUCUCGAACUCAGAAGAAUAAGAAGAUAAUAGAUGGAAUUGGAGUUUCAUGGUGGUGAGACAGUGGUUGCGACAGAGAGUUCAGCCGGAGGGGAUUCUAUUGUUUGUGAAGGCGAUGCAAAUCAAGAGCCAUGUGAGGGUAUGGUGUUUGAUUCGCCGGAUGCGGCUAAAGCUUUUUAUGAUGAGUAUGCUAGACGGAUAGGGUUUGUAACGCGCAUUGUUUCAUCCCGACGUUCUGAGCGUGAUGGUUCGAUUAUAUCUCGGCGGCUUGCUUGCAAUAAGGAGGGGUUUAAUCUUAAUAGUCGGAAAAUUGGGAGAGUGAGGAUUAGGAAUAGGGAGAGUAAGCGAGAAGGUUGCAUGGCGAUGCUUCUGGUGAAGAGAGAAAAGGUGGGGAAAUGGAUUGUUACUAAGUUCGUAAAAGACCACAGUCAUCCACUGGUUAUCAGUACUGGUGUCAAGGAACGUCCAACUCCGGACGAGAAAGACAAGAGAAUUCAAGAGCUUUCUUCUGAAUUAAAUAGAGCAAAUCGAAGGUUAGCAGCUUGUCGAGAGCAGCUACAAACAUUCAUGAAACUCGUGGAGGACCACACCCAGCGUCUGUCAGGUACAGUCAAUGAAGUUGUUCAAAACAUCAGAGAAAUCGAAUCUGAAGACCAAAAACCACAAGUGGGAGAAGUUCCACCGUUUCCGAACCCAUAUCCUAACCAGCCCUUUCAAAGUUAAAACACUUUAUGUACAAUUUCUUUUAUCUAUUAGUAAAUUGGAAUCAAUCUUUGUGUCAUUCUUCUCUUUCUCCUUAGCCUGUACAAUAUAGCUAUUGAAACUUUGUAGCAGCUUCUUCGCUGAAUUGUCGUGUAUAUAUUGCGAGUUGAAACUUA